AUGUCAAAGAAAAGAAGGAACAAUAAUGGUGCCAAAAAGGGCCGUGGCCACUUGCAGCCUAUUCGUUGCACAAACUGUACCUGGUACAUACCUAAAGACCAAACUAUAAAGAAGUUUGUCAUUCAAAACAUAGUGGACGCCACAGCUGUCAGGGACAUUUCUGAAGCAAGUGUCUUUGAUGCCUAUGUGCUUCCCAAGCUGUAUGUACAACUACAUUCCUGCGUGAGGUGCGCCAUUCACAGCAAGGUAGUCAGAAAUCGUUGUCGGGAAGCCUGCAAAGACCGAGCACCCCCACCCCAAGUUAGACCUGUGGGUGCUGCCCCACGACCUCCACCAACGCCCAUGUAA